GAUUGAUGAUACUUUUUCAAUGACAUUAGAGGGAAGUUAUAACUAUUAUCCUCCACCAUUGGUUGAACUAUUGUGAGACUGUGAUAUCUUAUCCAGAUAGAAAUUUAGAACAACUGUUUCAUAUCAAAAGUAUCUCUCUCACACACACAGCUUGUUCCUUUGUUAAAUGGCAUCGUCAUUCUACCAUCACUCAACUCAUUCACAAUCUACCAAAUUUUCCAAGCCAUCACCAUGCAUAACUGCAUAUUCCAAUAACAAAUUUACAUCUAUCCCAUUUCAUACUCAUUAUUUAUGCAAACACUACAACAUAUCAUGCAUCCCCCAAAAUCCUAAUGUUCCCCUCAAAGCUACAUCCACAUCCAUUAUCCACUCUUCACUCUCUUCCCUUAACCCACCCAUCUCAAAGGAAGAUGCCAUACUUCAAGCCAAAACAUCCCUUUCAACAGCCUUAGAGAAACCACUCAACAACACCAAACUAUUAGGCAAAAUCAAGAAACUGAAACAACCCAAAUACCGGGUCGAAAUCCCGGUCAUUAACGACUCACCAGAUUCGCUUUCCAAACUUGCUCUUGAUAUUUUUGGGGACAUUGAUAUACCCAUCAAAAGAAAAGAUUCUAUCAUUAAGUUCUUAAUCCUUUGGCCUAAUCCUAGCUUAAAAGAAGCUGCAGUUGUUGCCUUUGAGUCACAUUCAAGCAACCAAGUUGAGCACAUUGACAUUGUUUCAGUUGCCAAAACUGACCUCAGAAUGUUGAAUUCUGCUGAUGUGGUGAUAUUUUUGGUGCCAGAGAGUUCACAACUGUCUGUGGUGAAAAUGGUGAGUGAUGGGGUUUAUCCAAAGCCAGUGGUUAUGAUGAAUCCAAAAUGGGCAUUUGAGGAAGAGAGUAACUUUGGCAAUCUAAGUGGUUUUGUGAAUUCUUUUGAAGUAGUCUAUUCUUUUAUGGGAUUAGAGGUAAGAGGGUUAUUCAGCAAAAGAAAAGGUGUGAUUUUUAAGUGCGUGAAAGACGGGGUUGUGAGUCGAGAGACAUGGAAUGUUCUUGUUGAAGAAGGUGAAGAAAUGAAGGUGGUUUCUUCAUUCAAGGUAAGGCCUACCAUUGAUCAAGUUGAGAGUGUUUUGUAUAAUCUGAUGGCGAUCAAUUCACCGAUAACAAAGUCUGCGAAAUUCUUCAAGGGAUUGGUUUCUAAUAUGACAGGGAAAAAGUAAAUGGAACUGAUUCAUUGAAGAAUUGAUGAUCUUCAAGGUAUUUGAUUCAACUGAAUUAUGGAUAUAACAUGUUUGUGAAUAUGUCACAACGAAUGUAGGGCAAUGCUAUGAGUCUAUGACCAUUGUAAUUCUAUAACAUUUGAUGUCAUGUAAUUGCAAGAUACUACUUCGAUAAAACGAUAUUCGAUAAAAUGAUCCUUUGGUCUCUCUUUUA